AAGCUAGCAGUACAAUGAGUGGUUACGAUAGUGCUCUGUCUAUUUUCAGUCCUGAUGGACACGUUUUCCAGGUUGAAUACGCCCUGGAAGCUGUUAAGAGAGGUACGUCCGCAGUUGGUGUCAAGGGUAAAGAUGUUGUGGUUCUUGCGUGUGAGAGACGUAGUACACUAAAGCUGCAAGAUCCUCGUAUCACACCGAGUAAGAUAAACAAGAUUGAUUCUCAUGUGUAUUUGGCAUUUGCUGGACUGAACGCUGAUGCAAGAGUCCUUGUCGACAAUGCUAGAGUCGAGGCACAAUCGCAUAGAUUGACAUUGGAAGACCCUGUCACCAUCGAAUACCUCACAAGACAUGUGGCUCAAUUGCAACAGAGAUAUACUCAAUCCGGUGGUGUUAGACCUUUCGGUAUUGCAACUUUGAUUGCUGGAUUCGAUGGGAAUGAUACAGUACCAAGACUUUACCAGACAGAGCCUUCUGGUAUCUAUUCCGCAUGGAAGGCAGGUGCCAUUGGAAGAAGUAGUAAAACAGUUCUUGAAUUUUUGGAAAAGAACCACAAAGAGGAAAUGACAAAGGAUGAUACGAUUCUUCUUGCAGUCAAGAGUUUGCUAGAAGUUGUUCAAUCGGGCGCAAAGAACAUUGAAAUCACUGUUCUUGAGCCUGGAAAGACAUAUGAAUUGAGCAACGACGAAAUUCUUCAAUUUGUGAAUAAGGUGGAAGCUGAAAAGGCCGAACAAGCAGAGAAGAAGAAACCACACUCGUCAUCUUGAAGGUUUUCAUUUUAAUGUUCUUUCAAAAAAGGAAGAGGAAGAAUUGACGGUGUUUUUCGUUUCUAAAAAUCCACAUGACCUAGACUGGCGUAAUUACUUGUAGUGCAUACAAUCAUUAACUCGAAGGCGAUGUUUCUCAAAUGACACGUUCGUUUAGACUAGUCUUGUCUGGGUGACCCGAGUGAACAGCUUUUUAAUCUAUGUCCAUACAUAGAAAAACCAAAUGAUUAUGAAUCUGAUGCUGUAGCUGAUAUUGAGCGACGAGUGGUUGUCUAGUUUGGAAUGGGAAACCGUAGAACAACUUCAACUAGUGGCCUUUUAACAUUCAU